GCUCAGUGCGAUUCCAGCGACCGACGGCCACGUGCGAUGGCGACGCAGACGCGCAUCUUGACGAGCCUCCAGUACAGCUACCCGCCUUCGCUCAAGCCGGCGACGUGGAAGGAUGCGGCGCCGCCCGCGCUGCCGCUGAGCCUCGUCGAGCUCUGCGUCCUCGCGCUCGUCAACGCCGAGGGCCCGGCCAUGCGUGGCGUCGACAUGAUCUUUCCGCGGUUGCCGGAAGAGCUCGCCCAGUCGCUUUUGGCGGCCUUGGCCGACAAAGGCAAGGUGACCGACGACCGCCUCUCGGCGUUCUUGUCCGUGUCGCGCCGCGUGAUUCGCCUCGUGGGCUGCAACAACAUUCGUAAGUCCGUGCUGCGCCAAAUCCCAUUUCGGUGCCCGUACCUGACGUAUCUCGAUCUCUCCAACUGCCUCCAAGUAAACAACACGGUCGUCCAAGACAUUAUGCAGGGCUGUGCCCACCUGCAGCAGCUGCGUCUGGACAACUGCCGCCACAUCACGGAUGCAGCUUUCCAGCCCGAGCAGUCGCUCUUUUACCCGCUGCGUGCCUGCCUGUCGCUCAAGGCGCUGAGCUUUGCGGGCUGCUCGCAAGUGACGCAAGCGCUGAUCCUGAACCUCGUCAAGGCGUACCGGUCGCUCACGCAGCUCAACUUUUCCCGCUGCAAGCGCAUCAACAGCGAGUCGAUCCGCACGCUGCUGCAUGGCUCGAUGACAUUGAAAACACUCAACCUCUCCUUCAUGGACAUUGCAGACGAAGCCUUCGCGUCGUCGCACGCUGGCAACACACACCUUCUCAAGGAACUGGACCUCGGUCAGUGCAAGAUCACGGACGUUGCUCUCUUGUCGCUCGCGCAGUCGUGUCCCGACUUGGAAGUGCUGCGUCUGCGCUGGUGCACGCAGAUCACCGACUUGGGCAUGGUGCGCAUUGCGACACACUGCCGCCGCCUACGCCACCUCGACCUCAACAACUGUGGCUUUGUCACCGACCAGACCGUCCUCGCGCUGGCGCAACACUGUACGAACCUCCGCUGGCUGAACCUCUCGUGGUGCGUCCACGUCACGGACCACAGCAUGGCCGAGCUCGUGAUGGGCUGUCUGCAUCUCGAGGAGCUCCUGGUCGUGUGGUGUAGCCAGCUCACGGACGAGACCUUGGUUGCGCUCCUGGAGCACGCCAAGAAGCUCAAGUGCGUGCACUUGAACGGCUGCAAGGACAACAUGUCACCUGCGCGCUUGGACGAGGUGCGCGCGCAUGGCAUUCAGAUUGCGUCCUAGAUUCGCUAAACCUGUACUAAAAAACCUAUUUAAACCCAA